UGGUAAGCCUCCAGUGCAGGGAACAGGAGUCAGAGGUGCCUCCAGGAGCAGCAGAAGCAUGGCCGAGGAUCUGGGACUCAGCUUUGGGGAAACAGCCAGUGUGGAAAUGCUGCCAGAGCACGGCAGCUGCAGGCCCAAGGCCAGGAGCAGCAGCGCACGCUGGGCUCUCACCUGCUGCCUGGUGUUGCUCCCCUUCCUUGCAGGACUCACCACAUACCUGCUUGUCAGCCAGCUCCAGGCCCAGGGAGAGGCCUGUGUGCAGUUCCAGGAUCUAAAAGGACAGGAGUUUGCACCUUCACAUCAGCAAGUUUAUGCACCUCUUAGAGCAGAUGGAGAUAAGCCAAGGGCACACCUGACAGUUGUGAGACAAACUCCCACACAGCACUUAAAAAAUCAGUUCCCAGCUCUGCACUGGGAACAUGAACUAGGCCUGGCCUUCACCAAGAACCGAAUGAACUAUACCAACAAAUUCUUGCUGAUCCCAGAGUCAGGAGACUACUUCAUUUACUCCCAGGUCACAUUCCGUGGGAUGACCUCUGAGUGCAGUGAAAUCAGACAAGCAGGCCGACCAAACAAGCCAGACUCCAUCACUGUGGUCAUCACCAAGGUAACAGACAGCUACCCUGAGCCAACCCAGCUCCUCAUGGGGACCAAGUCUGUGUGCGAAGUAGGUAGCAACUGGUUCCAGCCCAUCUACCUCGGAGCCAUGUUCUCCUUGCAAGAAGGGGACAAGCUAAUGGUGAACGUCAGUGACAUCUCUUUGGUGGAUUACACAAAAGAAGAUAAAACCUUCUUUGGCGCCUUCUUACUAUAGGAGGAGAGCAAAUAUCAUUAUGUGAAAGUCCUCUGCCACCGAGUUCCUAAUUUUCUUUGUUCAAAUGUAAUUAUAACCAGGGGUUUUCUUGGGGCCGGGAGUAGGGGGCAUUCCACAGGGACAACGGUUUAGCUAUGAAAUUUGGGGCCCAAAAUUUCACACUUCAUGUGCCUUACUGAUGUGAGUACUAACUGGAAAAAGGCUGAAGAGAGCAAAUAUAUUAUUAUGAUGGGUUGGAGGAUUGGCGAGUUUCUAAAUAUUAAGACACUGAUCGCUAAAUGAGUGGAUGAUCUACUCAGGUCAGGAUUGAAAGAGAAAUAUUUCAACACCUUCCUGCUAUACAAUAGUCACCAGUGGUCCAGUUAUUGUUCAAUUUGAUCAUAAAUUUGCUUCAAUUCAGGAGCUUUGAAGGAAGUCCAGGGAAAGCUCAAGAAAACACUAUAAACUUUCAGAGGCAAAAUCCUUCACCAAUAUUUCCACAUACUUUUAUGCUUUGCCUAAAAAAAAUGAAGAGAGUUGGUGUGUCUCAUGAAUGUUCUCACAGAAGGAGUUGGUUUUCAUGUCAUCUACAGCAUAUGAGAAAAGCUACCUUUCUUUUGAUUAUGUACACAGAUAUCUAAAUAAGCAAGUAUGAGUUUCACAUGUAUAUCAAAAAUACAACAGUUGCUUGUGUUCAGCAGAGUUUUGUUGCCCACCUAUUACGUGCUGGGUGCUACCUUAACCCAGAAGACACUAUGAAAAACAAGACAGACUUCACUCAAAACUUAUAUGAACACCACUAGAUGCUUCCUGAUCAAACAUCAGUCAACAUACUCUAAAGAAUAACUCCAAGUCUUGGCUAGGCAUGGUGGCUCACACCUGUAAUCCCAACACUUUGGGAGGCCGAGGCAGAUGGAUCAUCUAAGGCCGGGAGUUCGAGACCAGCCUGACCAACAUGGAGAAACCCAAUCUCUACUAAAAAUACAAAAUUAGCUGGGCGUGGUAGCUCAUGCCUGUAAUCCUGGCUACUCAGGAGGCCGAGGCAGGAGAAUUGCUUGAACUGGGGAGGCAGAGGUUGUGGUGAGCCCAGAUCGUGCCAUUGCACUCCAGCCUGGGUAACAAAAGCAAAACUCUGUCCAAAAAUAAAAUAAAAUAAUAACUCCAAGUCCUUAAAAAAUAUCAUCUGAAACUGUUACAUCAGAUUUCUGGCACUCUCCUGACUGUGGAAGAUAGCCAGCUGCCUGGAAGAUAGCCAGCUGAUUAGUUUCCUGAAGAAACCUGAAGACAGAUACCUAGUUAACUAGAUCAACUAUACUGCCAACUUGUUUGAUGCUGGGAGACAAUGGACUUACUCCUUGGGGGAAGGGAAAAAAGAAGUCAAUCACCAAAUCUGAAGAAGUUAACCUAGAUCUUUGAGGUUUGAUUUGCAACUUUAUAUGCAGAGUAUUAUGUGAGUAUUUUCCCUUAAAAUAUUCAAAGGGAUUUACAUAUGGGAUUAGCUAAUGAGCCUAGCCAAGACCUUCACUGGAGGAGAGGCUGGACAUUGCAGAGGUCCCUUCUGUGCUUCAGUGGGUUCAUAUCCUCUAGUCUGUAUGAUUUUCCUACGCUAAUACGUCUAGGGCAGGAGAGGCAGCUCUGUUCUCUUAGCCUUUGUUGACUUUGCAAAGCAGGAAUCUGCCCAUUUGUUUCCAAGGAGCAAAUGAGCUCAUGAGAAUGAAAGAUGUUAACUUCAUGCAUUCUGUGCCAUCUGAGCAUUUUGGUAUGAUAUGACUGGUGACCCUUGGCCCCUAUUAUAAAUUCUUCCUAUCCUGGGAGACCUCACGGAUGAGUCUGAGAGCAAAUUUGGCACCAAAAUCACUCUCACUCUGGUUUCCAGUAGACUAUAGAGGCAGAGAGGCAUUUGAGAGGCUCCUGAGCUAAGUGUCCAGUGUAGCAGGAGCACUUCAUUAAUAUUUCUUGAGUUAUAAUUAAAUAAAAAUUAAUUUCUGAUUUCUCAGUUUGGAGGUUAAGGCUCUAAAUAUAUUUUCUAACCUCUGCUAGGCUAACUUAAACCAGGCCUUUUUCUUGCCUUCCAUUUCUCAAAACAGUCAGCACAGACUCAGUGGGAGCACAGAGGAGUGUGGUCACCUCCACCUGGCUCACCAGAGUCUUCAUAGAGGAAGUGAAGCCUGGAAGAAACUGGGCGGGCCCCAGACGACCACAGGGAAAGGGCAUCUCAGAUGGAGGAAUUACCCUUGACUUAAAGCAGAAAAGAAAGAUUUCUCAGUAACUCCAAAACUUGCUUGAUAAGAGAAUAUUCCCUCAACCAAUUCCUAGGACAAUAUUUAUUGGUAGAUCAAGAAUAUUUCCUCAAUAACUCUAGUCUAGCUCUAUGAUCAGAACUAACACCCAUUAAAAACAUAAAAUGUUCUUUCUGAACCGGUCUUCAUGGUGCAUGAGAGCACAAAGCAGCUUUGAUAUGCAGGAGGAGAUUUGCACAGAAGAGUGGCCUGCUCAAACCUGCCCACCAGGUGAUUUGGUGGAUCUGGAAAUUUAUCCCAUUACAGGAAUUUCCUAAUAUUCGAAGACGCUUGAGGCUUUGGGAAAUUCUCUGCUGUGCAUUUAUUUGGCUCCUGUCAUAAGCUUUUUCUUUAAAGAAUGUAUCAUAGCUCAAGUCUUCACUGCUGAUUUUGUUAAAUUCUGUACCGUACAGUAUAUUUUUUACAGAAAGGCACAGUCAGACAUUCCUAAUAGGGCUCAUGUCAGAACUUCUGUUUCCAAGGCAUUAUUAUCUCCAUAGCAAAAAUUAGUGCACUGUUUUCAAAAGUGAGGUGGGAAAAUGCUUUUAAGAUCAUGUGAUGUUCCCCUAAAAGGGGUUAAUGUGGUGUAUUCAGGGUUUGGGAGGAAGGAAAAAGCAUGCUUUAGAAAAUAGUAAAUUUAGGGAGAAAAUGCUUUGCUGGUUAAAUGUCACUCAAAAGGCUGAAUUCAAAUCAAUUCCACAAACAUUUACUGUGUACCUACUGCCCCUGGGGACACAGAGAUAAAUUAUUUAGUCUCAGACACACUCAUUCUAACUUCCAAGCACCUCUACUGUCUGCAGAUUCUUUAAUUUAUUUUGGUUGUAUUAGCUAAUUAAUUCGUUAACUUUAGGCACAUGGAUCUAUUCUCAUUAUGAAAAUGGAUGCCAUUUGUUGAAGGCUGAUGACUAACAAAAUGAUUUGUGUUUACUCGAAGUGGUUUUUUAAAAAUAGCUACUCAAGGAUAGUUUUCCAUAAAUCAAGAAGGUAAAAAAGUUCCCAUUUUUUAUUGUAGAAUCCAUUAUUUAAGCUACAUGUAGAGAAAGGUUAUUAUUUGCUGUAUUCAAGUUUGGUCAUCAACACCCUUAAAAAUAUUAGAACUUUAUGGAUGACCCAGAAAUGCUUUGAAAACCUGUGUUCCUCAGCAAAUACAGAGACCAUGAUCAAAAUGCACAUAAUCACUAACAUUUUGAUGCUAGCAUGGUUUCAGUCUAUUUGGCAGAACAGAAUUGCUUAUGCUACUAAAAUUUCUUUUUUUUUUUUUUUUUUUUUUUUGAGACGGAGUCUUGCUCUGUCACCCAGGCUGGAGUGCAGUGGCGCGAUCUCAGCUCACUGCAACCUCUGCCUCCCAGGUUCAUGCCAUUCUCCUGCCUCAGCCUCCCGAGUAGCUGGGACUACAGGCUCCCACCACCAUGUCCGGCUAAUUUUUUGUAUUUUUAGUAGAGACGGGGUUUCACCGUGUUAGCCAGGAUGGUCUCGAUCUCCUGACCUCGUGAUCUGCCCGCCUCAGCCUCCCAAAGUGCUGGGAUUACAGGCAUGAGCCACCGUGCCCUGCCUCUGAUUUUUUUUUUACUAAGGUACGGUAAGAAAAGGGAAAAGUGUACCUUUUCACUUCCUGAAAUAUGUCAGUUUGAAUCAAUAAUAGAGCACACUAGAACUCUUGGCUCCAUUUCAAUCUAAACUAUUCAGUUCUCAUCACCCCAGAGGAAAUUCCGCCUCUGUGCUGGUCAGUAAUCCCCCUGGAUUAUAAAAGUUUAACUAACUCACUGUGCACAAGGCAUGGCCAUUGCCAACAUUCUCUUGCAAGGUAUUUUCCCAAGCCCUUACCCAAUUCUGUUUCCAUGAUUAUGACAUUGGGGAUUAAUUCUGCAGGACAGAACUGUUUACAUUCUGUACCUUAAAAACACAUGCAAACAACUCUUGCCUUAAGAUGUCUGGCUGUCCUAUGGCCCAGAGUCCUAGGAGUGUUUUGAUAUUUGUAGCAGAAUUUUCAAGUGUACAUCAUUAUCCUGGAUAUUAACAUUUUUGCAUCAUAUUGGCAGCUGGACCUACAGAGAAUUUAGUAGACUGUUAGCCUAAUAACCCUUGAAUCCUUUUGCACCAGUGGUGAGAGAAUGUGGAUCAGAGCCAUCACAUCCAUGCCCCGUCACCCUCUAACAACCACAUUUACAACUUCCCCAGCUCUGAGACACACUUGCCUCCACCCCUUCCAUCACCCCAUUUUGAGAUGAAAAUACCAUACCAGCCUGGAUGGAAGAAGUUACUUGCCCAGGGCCACAUAAUGAGUUAAGGGCUGAUCUAGAGCUAGGAAGCUGUCUUCCUGAACCGUAAUCCUGGACUCUUCUAACCUCUCUACUCUUAGCAAAUAGAGUUCAUUUUAGUGAUUCGAAGGAAGAUGGGAGAAGUAUUUUCAAACACCUGUAGGACAACAUGGAAGUGGGAGGAGACUUCUUCUGUAGCUCCCCAGAGAACAGAGCUAGAGCUACAGAGUUGCAGUUACAAGGUUGCCCUCUCUGGCUUGAUCCCCAAAGGGACUUUCUACUCCAAAAUAGAAUUUUUCUAGGAAGCUAUUUCUCAGUCCCUGGAGAUACUCAAACAAAGGGCUUGUCACAAAGGUUUUUGUAGAAGCUAUUCUUCACAGAGGUUGGGGGAGACAUUAAGCCAAAGGAUCUCUGAGGUCUUUUUCAAAUCUAUGAUUAUGUGGCCUUUUGUUCAUUGACUUCCAUGUGUUCCAGUUGAUCAUCACAAACCUGGCAGGCCUUCUCAAGAGUUCAGUAAUUAGCUGUCAUUUCCCAUUUGUCCAGAGAGUGUCCAACACAAAGUACCCCUAAGAUUUUGGCCAAUAGAGAAAUGUCAUGGAAUUUUAGAAAUGACAGUAUCUGCGAAGUUUAUUCCAAGUUAUAUCAUUUCAAGGAUGAAGAAACCCAGGCUCAGAGGGAGCCAUCACAUCCACACCCUGUCACCCUUCGUGGCCAGUGCCAGACAGUAGCUAGUUGGAUGCUAAAAGUAGAAUUUAGAUCUCUUAACAAUAAGCCCAGCAGUCUUUCAACUUCAUUCAUAAAUCAUUUUUGUUUUGAGCAUCUGUCACAUGGCAGCACUUACCUGGAUACUGGAGAGCUGAGAAGGAACGUGACAGGCAAGUCCUACUCUCACAGUGUAUACAUUCAGGAGGAACAAGACACACAGUGCCAAGUAAAUAAAGUAGCUGAACUUCAUCAAAUGAUUUUAUUCUUAAAGUCAUUAAAGCAUAUAAUGUUCCCCUUUUUUUGUGUCAGGGGUGUACAGAUUGAACAAGUGUAGGUGUUUAUGUGGUUUUAGUGACAAACCCCAUGUGCUUUCAUUGAUUUUAUGUUUUAUGUUAAAACAUCAACCGCAAGGUAAAAUGCAUAUUGUAUGUUGUUGGAUACGUACUUAACUGGUAUGCAUCCCAUGUCUUUGGGUACUAGUGUAUGAAUUCUAAUCUCUGUAAAUGAAAUGUUGUAUGUGUUAAUAUAUUUAAUAGAUGUAACUUAAUAAACUGGCAUUGAAGACUUAAGAAUUUUCACACUGUCA